AUGUCUCGUCAUUACAUAUUUUCGACGGUACUCGCCUUCCUGGCUCUAGUUAAUGUAACUUCAGGAAGUACUGAGGCAUGUUUGCCAUCAGGUGAAAAAAAAAGCGGGAUGAAUAUUAAUUUUUACCAGUAUACGUUAAAGGAUUCAUCCACAUACUCUAACCCAGAAUAUAUGGCUCAUGGAUACGCAGAUAAGGAAAAGUUAGGCUCUGUUAGUGGCCAGACAAAAAUCUCGAUUGACUAUAAUAUUCCAUGUUCAUCUGAAACUUGCGAUUGUGACGACGAAUCUUCUGACGACAACUCUUCCGAGGUCGUACUAAUGAAACGUAGAAAUAAGCCUUGUUCCGAUACCGCAGCUCUUGCCAAGAAACGUGAUGAUGUCGAUUGUGACCAGGGUGCUGCCUACUGGAGUUCAGAUCUGUUUGGUUUUUACACCACCCCAACAAACGUAACUGUGGAAAUGACAGGUUACUUUUUAGCACCUAAAACAGGUUCUUACACGUUUGGUUUUGGUACAGUAGAUGAUUCGGCAAUCUUAUCUAUUGGUGGUAAUGUCGCAUUUGAUUGUUGUAAACAAGAACAGCCCCCUGUUACGUCAACUGAUUUUACAAUCAACGGUAUUAAACCAUGGAAUGCAGAUGCCCCUACCAACAUAGAGGGAUCAGUGUACAUGUACGCUGGUUACUACUAUCCAAUGAAAGUUGUUUUCUCUAAUGCUGUUUCCUGGGGUACACUUCCAAUUAGUGUGACAUUGCCAGAUGGCAGUACUGUUAGUGAUGACUUCAACGGUUACGUCUAUUCCUUUGAUGACGAUCUAACCGAAGCUAAUUGUACAGUUCCAAAUCCUGCAAGUCAUUCAACGUCCAGCACAUCUUCUACUGAAUACUCCAGCAGUGCCGCUACAUCUACCGAGUGUACCACUUGUGAUAUGACUUCCUCUACUGAAUACUCCAGCAGUGUCGC